UUGACAUUUCCGGUAAUUGAAAGUCAUGGCACUUCGAGUUUUUUGUAACAAAUGUUUAAUUAAUUCGUCGUUCAAGCAAUUGACAAGUUAUCAACGCCAUGGUUUUAAGAGCAUAUACAGCAUAGACAAAAUCUACCCAAAUAGCAAUCCUGAUAUUUUAAAAGAGAACAGAUUAGAGACAGCAAAGCCUGGUUUUACAGGAUUCAUCCCAGUUGAAAAAUUAGAGAUAAAAAGUUCCAGAGGAAGUGGACCUGGAGGCCAAAGUGUUAACAAAUCAAAUAAUAAAGUAGAAAUCAGAUUCCAUGUUGCCUCAGCUGAUUGGAUACCAGACAACCUUAAAGACAAAUUUCUUGAGCAGGAAAAAAACAGAAUUAAUAAAGAAGGAUAUUUUAUAACAAUGUCUCAUAAAACACGUAAACAUAUAUUAAAUCAGAGUGAUUGUAUAAAUAAACUUAGAACAGCUAUAUAUGAAUGUAUGAUUGAAAGAGAACCUCCAUCAGAAGAGCAUUUAGAGAAACUGAAUAAAAGGCUAGCAAAACAACAAAGAGAAAGAUUACGCGAGAAAAGGAGUCAUUCUUUGAAGAAACAGGACAGAAAAACUUUAUGAUAUUUUUCUAGUUGUUGAUAUUAUGUAAAUAAAAAUAAAAGUGUAUAAAGUUC